UUGGGCGCUCCGUACGUGCAGCAGCUCAGAAGUCAGCCAUGAAGAUGACGGAGGAAGGCAGUCCUGAUAAACACACUACAAUGGAGGAGGUCCAGCGUCUGAUUAAAAAGAAAGAUGAAAUCGAGGAGCAGAUUCAAGCAUACUACGAGGUGCUAGAAGAUCAAGGCGAUGUGGGCAUGCACGCACCUCUGGUGGAUGUGGAAGGCUAUCCUCGUGCAGACGUGGAUUUGUUCCAGAUCCGAACAGCAAGGCACAGCAUCUCAUGUUUGCAGAACGAUCACAAAGCAAUCAUGGUGGAGAUCGAAGAAGCCCUUCAUAAGCUGCAUGCUCGGGAAAGAGCGAAGCGAGAGCAGGACCAGGCAGAAGCGCAGGUGGAGAGAAUGGAGCAGGACGUGUCGUUGCCACCACCUUUUGCUCGAGUGGACGCUGUGACUCAGGGAUCCCCUGCUUACCAGGCGGGUCUGUGUGUUGGUGAUGAGGUCGUUGAGUUCGGUUCAGUAAAUCCGAGCAACUUCCAAAACCUGCAAAACAUCGCGUCUGUGGUGCAGCACAGUGAAGGGAAAUCUGUCAGCGUUGCAGUGAUUCGGAACGGACAGAAAGUUCGUCUCAGCUUGACUCCACAGCGCUGGGCUGGAAGAGGCCUACUGGGGUGCAACAUAGUUCCUCUUCCCAGAUGACCGAGACGAGAGAAGCUCACUCGUUCAAGCCAAUGUCACUAAGUGACUAAAGACAUUCUACAUUUUCAAUAUAAUGUGUUUAAACAGGUUUACUUUUCAGUUCCUUACAACUCUAUUCAGUUACUUCAAGCACUUAUACUCUACACCUGCAUUUGUAUUCCGCUAUUUUGACAUGAAACAAUUUAGUCCACUAGACCAUAAAUAAAUCUUCAGCAAGUCUUUCUUUCUGGUUUCUCUCAUUGUAAUGUGUUUUCAGGAAUUAAAAUGUUUAUUCUUUC